ACGCGUACUUCUUAUUCUGUCCGACAGCAGCAGCCAGUAAACAUGGCUGGUGUUGGUUUCCGGCGGUUGGCCCUAGCCCUUUCUAAAGGCAAAGGGUCUGGUAUUCCAGCCCUUCUGUCGGGAAGUAGAGCAGCUUCUGCCACGUCAAAGGAUAGUCUACCUGGUCCGUUCCCGAAUACCCCUGAGGAGAGAGCUGCUGCAGCAAAGAAGUACAACAUGAGGGUUGAGGACUAUGAACCAUAUCCCGACAAAGGCGAGGGCUAUGGUGAUUAUCCAAAGCUUCCUGCAAGAUCUCAGCAUGAGAGGGACCCCUGGUACCAAUGGGACCACCCUGACCUGAGGAGGAACUGGGGAGAGCCGAUGCACUGGGAUUUUGACAUGUACAUCAGGAACCGUGUGGAUACAUCUCCCAGCCCCGUGUCCUGGUCUUCAAUGUGCAAACAACUGUUUGGUUUCAUCGGGUUCAUGUUGUUUAUGUUCUACCUUGGGGAGAAAUUCCCAGCUUACCAACCUGUUGCAGAGAAACAGUAUCCCUACAACAACCUGUACUUGGAGAAAGGAGGAAAUCCUGAAAAAGAACCUGAGGAAGUCAAGCAUUAUGAAAUUUAAAGACUUCAGUCUGAUUCUACUUGUGUAUAUAUAUUUCUGUCAAGAAUAAAGACUUAUGUUAACAGUUA